ACUCCCACUACCACAGUCCACAAGUCUUAUCCUUCCAUUCCAAGUACCAACCACCACACACAUCACCCCAACCCCAUCUUAGAAACACUCUGUUCCAAAACAUGGCAACACUUCAGUUCACAUCCUUCUCUCUUUUCAGACCGAAGAAGCACCCCACCACCACCACCCUCUCCUCCACUUUUCAGCUCAACACUCUGCCACGCCUAGCUUCACACAAAUCACCAUCACUAACCGUGAGGUCCUACAAAGUGGUGAUCGAGCACGAGGGUCAAACUACCCAGCUCGAAGUUGAACCUGACGAGACCAUUCUUUCCAAGGCAUUGGACUCUGGCCUGUCUGUGCCUUAUGACUGCAAUCUCGGUGUCUGCAUGACUUGCCCUGCUCGUCUUCUCAGUGGAUCUGUUGACCAGAGCGAUGGAAUGCUCAGUGAUGAUGUUGUGGAGCGUGGCUAUGCACUCAUGUGUGCUUCCUACCCUCGUUCUGAUUGUCAUGUUAGGAUUAUUCCAGAGGAUGAGUUACUCUCCUUGCAGUUAGCCACUGCCAAUGACUGAUAUAAAUUUGGGUUUUCAAUGUAAUGCAAUGUAAUUCUAUGCUGCCAUUGAGUCUUUUCUUGUUUCUUAUAAUUGAUUCAUUGCUGCUGUCUCUCUGGUUUAAUACUUAAUUCAAUUAUGUGGCUGCUUUUCAUCUAUGCAUCAA